AUGAAAGAAAAAUUAGUGUAUUUACAGUCAGGUACAGCAGCCAACAUAUCAAUUGUAGACAUAGACACUAAUGAAGAAGAGACCAUAGCAACAACUUCUACAGGCAGCCACUUUGGGCUCAACUUAAAAGGCCAUGAGAAAAUAUAUUUUGGGGGACUGCCAACCCUGAGAAAUCUAAGUAUGAAAGCAAGGCCUGAAGUGAACUUAAAGAAAUAUACAGGCUGCAUGAAAGAGAUUGAAAUUUCAAGGACACCGUAUAAUAUAUUGAGUAGUCCUGAUUUUGUUGGUCUAACCAAAGGAUGCACACUAGAGAACAUUUUUACAGUUAGCUUCCCCAAGCCAGGUUUUGUUGAACUGCAGCCUGUCUCCUUUGACAUGGGCACAGAAAUCAACCUCUCCUUCAGCACCAAGAAUGAGUCUGGGAUCAUCUUGUUUGGCACAAGUGGCACAGUUGUCCCUCCCAGGAGAAAGCGCAGAUGUACAUUGCAGGCCUACUAUGCAGUGUUCCUGAACAGAGGUCGACUGGAAGUGCAUAUCUCCACUGGGAUACGGGAUCCCCACAGAAUCACCAUCAAACCAGAAGCUGGCGAGUUUCAUGAUGGCAGAGCACACUCCAUCCGGAUAGAAAGAGCUAAAGGGAUCUUCACUGUUCAAGUAGAUGAAGACAAAGGCCAGACCCAGAGACUGCCAACAGACCAUCCCAUCUCUGUUAAGAAGCUCUUUGUGGGGGGUACUUCUUCUCAGUUUCACACCGCACCUCUCAGAAACAUACCACCAUUUGAGGGCUGUAUAUGGAACCUUGUCAUUAAUGCCACCCCCAUGGACUUUGCUCAACCUGUGUCGUUUGAAAAUGCAGAUAUUGGCCGAUGUCCCUCUCUAGAACCAGAGCUUAGGCCACCUGAGGAUGAAGAUAAACCAAUCCAUGCAACAGCCUUCAUCCAACCUGGACCAGACACUAAUGGGGAGAAAGAAAGACCCAGGACUCCUCCUACUUCCCCUCCUCCACCAACACCAUCUCUAUCUUCAGCACUUGACUCGCUUGCCACUGAAAUGAAGAGCGCCAGCAUUCCUUCUGCAUUUGACUCCGUGACGGAUUCCUGUGCUGCUGACACAGAACCAGCCAUUUUAGAAGGUGGCAAGCAAUUUGGUCUUUCAAGGAACAGCCACAUUGCAGUCGCAUUUGAUGACACCAAAGUGAAAAACAGACUUACAAUUGAAUUUGAAGUCCGAACAACAGCUGAUUCUGGCUUGCUAUUUUAUAUGGCUCGCAUCAACCAUGCUGAUUUUGCUACAGUUCAGAUAAAGAAUGGACUGCCUUAUUUCAGCUAUGAUCUGGGGAGUGGAGACACCAACACAAUGAUUCCCAACAAAAUAAAUGAUGGCCAGUGGCACAAGAUAAAAGUAAUUCGAACGAAGCAAGAAGGAAACCUUAUAGUAGAUGAUGUUUCAAACAAGACUGUUAGCCCCAAGAAGGCUGAUAUAUUGGAUGUUGUAGGAAUGCUGUAUGUUGGAGGAUUGCCCGUUAACUACACAACUAGAAGAAUUGGUCCAGUCACCUACAGCAUCGAUGGCUGUAUCAGAAGUUUUAAAAUGACAGAAUCACCUAUUGACCUGGAUAAUCCAACUUCCAGCUUCAAUGUUGGAAAAUGCUUUGUCACUGCACAGAAAGGAACGUACUUUGACGGAACAGGCUUUGCCAAAACAGUUGGUGCAUACAAAGUGGGGACAGACCUGCUCGUGGAAUUUGAGUUCCGUACAACACGAAUGAACGGUGUUCUCCUCGGAGUCAGCAGCCAGAAAAUGGAUGGGCUUGGCAUCGAAUUAGUAGAUGGAAAAGUGAUGUUUCACGUUGACAAUGGUGCAGGCCGAUUCUCUGCUGUCUAUGAGCCUGAUGCACCAGGCAGCUUGUGUGAUGGACAGUGGCACAAAGUUCUUGCAAACAAGAUCAAACACCGUUUAGAGCUGACUGUGGAUGACAGACAGGUGGAUAGUAACAGCCCAAACAGGGCCUCAACCUCAGCAGACACUAACGACCCCAUCUUUGUCGGAGGAUAUCCUGAUGGUGUGACCCAGUUUGGGCUGACCACUAAUAUCCGUUUUAAAGGAUGUAUUCGAUUUCUGAAGCUCACCAAGGGUACUGCCAAACCUCAAGAGAUUAACUUCAGCAAAGCUUUGGAGCUGAAAGGUGUUCAACCGCUGUCAUGCCCUGUAAACUAACUGUUUUUCUGGGUCUGUUUAUAUAAGCACCUCAGCUUAAAAUUUAAGAAAAAAAAAAUCUAUAUAUACAUUGCAUUCAUAAUAAAAUGUCUUUAUGC